AGUAUAGCCAGGCAUUCCUCAUUUAACCGCAGGAUAUGCAAAGAGUGGUCGCGUUCGCUCUUAUCGCACAUUUAACUAUUGCCAAUGAGGUGGUUCAACUGAAUCGCCAAAACAUUCGCCAAGUGCUAGAAGCUCAUCAGCUCGUUUUCGCUUCAUUUGGAGCCGACUGGUGUCCGUUUUCUCAAGCCCUGCGACCUGUUUUUGAACAAUCUGCUGAACGUUUCAAGGAAGUUUACCCAGCUGCUGACGUAAAGUGGGCUUAUGUGGACUGUGUGGCAGAGGCCUGGAUAUGUACAAAUUAUUACGUAAACAAAUAUCCUACAAUGAAAUUGUUCCUUUAUUCCGAUAUGAUGAAAAACGAAUAUAGAGGGAGUCGAAAUGUUGACAGUUUGAUUACAUAUGUGGCUAUGCAUUAUGCUGGAGCUAUCCGUGAUUUUCGAGAUGAUCGUGAACUUAGAAAUAUAAUAGAUGACUCGGCUCGGAACGUUAUUGCGUAUAUUCGAAGAGAAGGCCAAGAAUUUAGGAAUAUUUACAAUCUUGCAAUACUUCUUCGAGAUUACUGUCAAAUAUGGGUACCUAGUGUGGGAACAAUUCAGCCAGAAACCAAGUAUCGGCUUUACUAUUUACCUCCGAAUAAUGAAAAACCAACCGACUUUGUUGGAGAUCUGAAAAAUUACACCUACCUCAAACAAUGGUUAUCAGAUAAGUGCAUACCCAUAGUCAGAGAAGUUACUUUUGAAAAUGUGGAAGGCUUGACAGAAGAAGGACUGCCGUUCCUUAUUUAUUUCCGUGAUCCAUCUAAGAAAGAAGGCGACAAAAUCUUUACCGAUGCUGUAAUUCGCGAGCUGUAUGAUCAGCGCAUGACAAUCAAUCCACUUCUAGCUGAUGGUCUGAAGUUUGUUCAUCCCCUCAAUCAUCUCGGCAAAACUAUAAAGGAUCUCCCUGUUCUGGCGAUUGACUCGUUUGUUCAUAUGUAUCUGUUCCCAAAUAUAUCCCAACUUGCGAAGCCAGGAGUUUUAAAGCAAUUCGUUGCGGACUUACACUCUGGCAUGCUGCACAAACGUUUCCAUCAAGAUGCGGAAAGAAAAAGGCAAGAAUACGAAAAGCAUAAAAAAGAACGUAGGGUGAACGCUAGUCCAGAAAACCGGCGGGAUGAAAUAACCAAAGAAGAGCCAAUCAAAGCCACCCCUCCGCCAUCAGUCUUCAAAGAACUAAAACCUAGUGAAAAGCGGUACUCAUUAUUACAAAAGACAGAGUUGUAAAUAAGUGUCGUGUAGACUGAGUUUGUGCAGACUAAGUUUGUAACGUAGCCAAAUUCAAGCCAAAUUUUGUUGACCCAACUGUUAGCUUGUUUCUUUAUUCAAUAAAAGCAUCGUUAU